UCUAUUUUGACAUGCCCUUUUUUGUAAUGAGUACCACGUACGUACGUUUGAUUUGAUUUGAAUUUGUCUUUGAAAGAAAGUUUCUUUUUCUAUUUGUUCAAGUGAUAUGACCCGGUAACAGUAACGGUGCGAAGAUAUUUAAAUGUUAUGAUCACUGAAGGACUAUCAAGUAACUCUUAGGUAUUGCAAGGUAUAGCCUUAUCAGUUGUACUGUAUUUAAUGGAUGACCAGAAUACAUCUUUAGAACCCAUGGAUGUAGACCGCAGUGCCAACAGCUCUGUUUCUAAAAUGGAUAUUUCUACCACCAUAUCUGACAAAGAUAGCACCAGUGAAGAUUCAUUUUUUAGGACCAUUAAGAAAAUAAGUCCUAUUGCACCAAGUUUUAGGUCGCGACAAAGCUACCAAUUUCGUCAAAGGUCUGAAAGUCCCAAGAAAGUUCAGGAUAUAGACAAAGUCAACGUGAGACCAAGAACUACUAUAAAAAAAUACCACAUCAAGAUGGAACAUCUUAAGAAGAAAAAGCCUACUUCUAAAUUAAAGGCUUUGUUAUCAGGAGUACUAAGUUUAACAUUGUUUAUAUUUAUUUACCAAAUAGCCAAUUUUAAAUGUACUGAAGAAAUGGAUACAGAGAACUUGAGAAAAGUCCUUAUGGAAAAUCUCUUUGGCCAGUAUGCUGCUGUGAAUCAUAUCAUAGAGACAUUUGAUAAUAAAGUUAGUACUAAAAUUAUGUUUUUAUAUGGAGGCACUGGAGUUGGCAAAACAUUUACUACAUCAUUAAUUUUACAAAAUGUAACGAAUUCAGCCAAUGUUUACCAUUACACAAUGCCCAGUUUUGCAAAUACGUUCUCACCAGAAUUGAUGCUUGGUUUGACAAUAUGCAAGAGUUCUUUAAUAAUUGUUGAUGAUUUAACAAAAAAUGAUAUGCAUAUCACACCACUUGUCAAGAAAAUUAUAGAAAAAAGUGAGAGUCUCAAAAAGAAUAUCACAAUUUUACUGGUUUACAAUUGUGACACAAUUGAUAAGAAUUUUGUAAAAACAUGUGACAACUUAUUUCAUUUGGAAUUAGAAGACAGUUUUAGUGAUGUUAAGGCUGAGAAACAAUUUAUUAAGUUUGAACCAUUAACUGAGGGACAUUUGAGGAAAUGUGUUGAGAAGGAACUGGGGGACAGGAAAGUGAGUGAACAAGAAAUGAGAAAUAUUUUAAAGAAUUUUGAUGUGACACUUGACGGCUGUAAAGGAGUUUACACAAAAAUUAGAGUUUUGAAUGUAAUUUAAAAAGAGGUAUGUUUUUAUAUUACAUAGUUCUUCUUGCCUAUAGUUUUGUAGUUAUUGAAAUUAUGUAGUUUAGAUUUGUUGAUUGCAAUGUAGUUAAAUAUUGUAUUUGUAUGAAUUGUUGUUGAUGACAAUAAAAUGCUAUUUUAGAUCAAAAGAACUUUAUUUUAGAGAUGUUACAUGAUAAUCGGCAAUGCAGAGGUUCAAGAAAUUAUGUUGAAUACAAAUAUACUGACAAUUUUAUAAUACACCUACACUUUCACAUUUGAAAAUUAUUCUACAAACUUAGCAUUCAUAAUAAACAGCAAAUUCUAAACAAACUCCAUGGUGCAUUGAAAGGUACGAAAUACUUUGGUAAUAACUUUGACUAUAACAUACAAAUUAAUCUCAAUCACAUAUCUAGGCAAGGGUGCAAUGACGAUUUUAAUCCUGUCUAACUUUGCUCAAUAUUACACCCUAAUAAUGACUUGAAUACAAUGCUUAAUUGGAUUAUGAAGCAAUUGCCCUAACACAUAACAUGUUCUCCUUUAGAUAAAAUAUUCAACACAAGUUAUUACUAUCUAG